CCGGGACCUCGGGAGCACACCAGGAGCGGAAACAGGCGCGCGGGGGAGAGGAAACAGACCGGAGCCUUUGGAAGCCGGAAGAGCGUUGCGCAGCGGAAGAACAGAAGUAGACCCAGCAGAACCGUGACACCUACUCUGUGUGCCCUUCUUAAGAAAUGGCAAAAAGUCUUUUGGCUUCAUCUUUGUCUGUAAGAACAAAACUCUUACAAACAGGAGUGUCACUUUAUAAUACGACGCAUGGCUUCCACGAGGAAGAGGUGAAGAAGAUACUGGAGCAGUUUCCUGGUGGGUCCAUCGACCUUCAGAAGAAGCAGAAUGGCAUCGGCAUUCUGACGCUAAACAACCCCAAUAAAAUGAAUGCCUUCUCAGGUGUCAUGAUGCUACAACUUUUGGAAAAGGUAAUUGAGUUAGAAAAUUGGACAGAAGGGAAAGGCCUCAUUGUCCAUGGAGCAAAAAGUACUUUUUGCUCAGGAUCUGAUCUGAAUGCUGUGAAGGCACUCUCCACUCCAGAAAAUGGAGUGGCCUUAUCUAUGUUCAUGCAAAACACCUUAACAAGAUUUAUGAGACUACCAUUAAUAAGUGUUGCUCUGGUUCAAGGCUGGGCAAUGGGUGGAGGAGCAGAACUUACUACAGCAUGUGAUUUCAGGUUGAUGACUACGGAAAGUGUGAUUAGAUUUGUCCACAAGGAGAUGGGUAUAGUUCCAAGCUGGGGUGGAGCUAGCCGGCUGGUUGAAAUCAUUGGCAGCAGACAAGCUCUCAAAGUGUUAAGUGGAACUCUCAAACUGGAUUCCAAAGAAGCUUUAAAUAUAGGCUUGGCUGAUCAGGUCUUACAGUCCUCAGAUGAAGCUACGGCUCUGGAACAGGCACAAGAGUGGCUGGAGCAAUAUGUCAGUGGACCUCCACAAGUCAUUAGAGGCUUAAAAAAAUCUGUCUGUUCUGGCCGAGAACUGUAUAUGGAGGAGGCAUUACAGAAUGAACGAGAUGUUUUGGAAACACUGUGGGGUGGACCUGCAAAUUUGGAGGCUAUUGCUAAGAAAGGAAAGCAUACCAAGUAGUUUUUAAAAUGUUGAGUGCACUACAAGUGAAGCUGCAAGGGAACAUGAGGAGGUGAGACGAUAUUAGAGAUGAGCAUACGGAGCCAUUCGAAGGGGACUGAAAAUAUGUGUGUUUGGUUUGGGUGGUGGUCUCCAAAAAUUUUAGUUCAGUGCUCCAUUGUCUUUCUUAACAUUGAACACUUCUAUCAAUUUCUACAUUCCUGUAGUAAUUCUUAGCCUGGGCUUGAUGUUUUGUAACAUACUAAUUUAACUUUUAAGAGAGGGUCUUAAACUUGCUAUGUAGCCAAGGGAAGUCUUGAAUGCCUGACCCUCCUGCCACCACCUCAGAAAUACUCGUUAAUAUGCUGUUUCUAACCCAAACUUUAUAUCCAUUCCAGAAUUCACUUACUAAAAAUUGUAUAAAAAUUACCUUCUAACCAGUCUCAACAAUACGUUAAAGACACUCAAAAUAAUGACUUUUUUGUCGUUUGUUUUAGCACUCCGUUAAUGUGAUAUUCCUAGUACAAAGAAUUUAGAAGUAUGUAAAUACAGGAUCCCACUUUUUGAAGGAAACAGACAGAGGGACAAAUUCUCAAUUCUGUGUUCGUCAGUACUUCCUACCUUGCCAAGCCAUAUGAAGUGGGCUUACUGGAUCUAUAACACUAUGAUUGUAAGUUUUCUGUGUAGCCCAGACAGUAAUACCACUGACAGAGACCUGUAAAUAUAAAUUAAUGGUAUUAGCUGCUUGAGAAAUUUAAAUCUCAUGGCCUUUGGAUCUUUUCCCACAUCUGUUUAUUCCAAACCCAGUGCCCAGUGAUAGCUUCUCUUUCCAUAUUCUCUUCUGAAGGAAUCCGAGUUACUUCUGUGUAAGGAACAGUUUGAAUAAAAUACAAUCAAUUCGAA